AUGGAUCUUUUCAAGAGAGCCAAGACAAUCCGACUGCGCAGCUACAAGGACAAAUACCUAAUAGCCGAAGAUGAUCAAGAAUCUGUCUGCCAACAUCGUGAUGGAACAACAAAUAACGCACUCUGGACCGUUGAAUUCGUUCAAGGAAGAGACCUUUUGCGCAUCAAAAGUUGUUAUGGAAGAUACCUCACAGCCUCAAACAUCCCAUUUCUUCCCGGGGUUACAGGAAAAAAAGUCAUCCAAACCUUGCCAAGCAAAUUUGAACCAGCCACUGAAUGGGAACCUUUGAGGGAUGGAAUGCAAGUCCGGCUUAGAACAUUGUGGGGCGACUUUUUACGCCCAAAUGGCGGCCUUCCCCCAUGGAGGAACUCUGUCACACACGACAUUCCUCAUUGGCACAAAUCCUACAACAAGAUCUUGUGGGAUGUUGAGGUGGUCGAGACCUUCCCAGUGCAUCAUCGUACACGUUCAGGUUCUGCAUUCUUCAGAUCAAGAUCUUCAGUUUCUGCAUAA